AUGGGUUGUUCUUCGUCUAGCAUGGCGCAAUAUCCGGGAAAUCGCAUGCCAGCGCAAGCCCCUCACCAACCUGCUGCCAAUGAAUAUAACAAAGAUGGUCAAGCGAUGUCUCAUUUUGUUAGUUACGGUGGUGGAAAUGCCUUGGUCUUGCAACAAGGCGGUCCUCAAGUAGGAGCCGUGCCAGUGGGCCAUGCCAAGCCUAAUAAUAGUCCCGAAUAUGUGCAGGUGACAUUGCCUCCCGGUGUGGAACCAGGACAAACGAUCCAGGUCCAAGCACCGAGUGGUCGAUUGAAUGAAAUUGUCGUUCCACCGGGCAUGGGACCUGGGUCAUGCUUUACAGUGGAGUUUGCCGAAGCGGAAGAAAACAAGACGUAUGGUGGUUCAACAACAGCAUAUGCUUCCAACAACCAAACAACCUCGUACACUCCUCCAGGUGCUGUCCCCACUACAACUGCUAUUCCAGCCAAUGAUACGGUGCGUCCAGUGUCCCUUCCAAACGGUCAGGAACAUGACGAUGGAUUUGCCACGGGUUUCAAUAACAACAACAACAACAACAAUGCCUCUUUUGUUCCCACUUCGGCUGCCGCCACGAAUGAUUAUUCCUCUUAUCCCAGUGCCAAUGAUGCUCGUCCGGUAUAUAAUGCUCCUCCUGCCUAUUCGACAACCACCUAUUAA